AUGGAGAAGCUGACAGGGAAACUGCCUGUGAAGCAGCUAAAACGGCAAGAACGGCAGCACCCAGAGUUUUUCCCGCAUUCCUCGGUGUCUUUUGCAGGCUAUGCUGGAAUCCUCCCUGCCCUUGAAUAUCCUAACCGAAAUGUCAGGAAAUCUGCCCAAAACCGAAUGCUCCGAGUUCCCUUGAAUAAUGAGGCCAUUGUGGAAUGGCUGGAUCCUUUGGAGAGGAAUAUCGUGGCAUGCGGCUCCGUGCCGCUGCCCGGUUCACAGGGAAUCCGCCGGAAGCGGGCGACCCCGUAUGGGAAAAUUGUAUCAACGAAGGCAAUCCUUGACAAGAACACAAAUCAGUGCAAAGGUUACGGUUUUGUAGAUUUUGACAGUCCGGCAGCAGCACAGAAAGCAGUAGCAUCUCUCAAAGCAAAUGGCGUGCAGGCCCAGAUGGCAAAGCAACAAGAGCAAGAUCCCACAAAUCUAUACAUCUCAAAUUUACCUGUUUCCAUGGAUGAACAGGAACUGGAGAAUAUGCUGAAACCUUUUGGACACGUAAUUUCCACCAGAAUAUUAAGAGAUGCUAAUGGAGUCAGCAGAGGAGUCGGCUUUGCCAGAAUGGAGUCUACAGAAAAAUGUGAAGUAGUAAUUCAACAUUUUAAUGGAAAAUAUCUGAAAACUCCACCUGGUCUACCAGCCCCCACUGAGCCUUUGCUGUGCAAAUUUGCUGACGGAGGGCAAAAGAAGCGUCAGAAUCAAAGCAAAUACACACAGAAUGGAAGGCCGUGGCCCAGAGAAGGAGAGGCUGGCAUGGCUUUGACUUAUGAUCCAACAGCUGCUAUACAGAAUGGAUUUUAUUCCUCACCGUACAGUAUUGCAACAAACCGCAUGAUUCCACAGACAUCAAUCACGCCAUUCAUCGCUGCUUCCCCUGUCUCUACAUAUCAGGUCCAGAGUACUUCAUGGAUGCCUCAUCCGCCAUAUGUUAUGCAACCAACAGGUGCUGUGAUAACACCAACAAUGGACCACACUAUGUCAAUGCAGCCAGCAAGCAUGAUGGGCCCUCUCACCCAACAGAUGAACCACCUUUCCUUGGGCACAACAGGAACGUACAUGACUGCUGCUGCACCUAUGCAAGGGACCUACAUUCCCCAGUACACUCCUGUGCCUCCAACAGCUGUCCCUAUUGAAGGUGUCGUUGCUGAUACUUCUCCACAGACAGUAGCAUCUUCAUCACAGGAAGCCAGUGGUCAACAGCAACAGAUGACAGUGGAAACAUCCAGUGAACAUGCGCCUGCAUAUUCUUACCAACAGUCUAAACAAUAAACAGGACUGAAGAAUGUUGGUCUGAAAUCUUUGCCUUGAAUGGAGAAACUUCACUGAACAAGAAGUUGGCUUCCAGUUUGCACAGGCGUCAAACGAAUGCUUUUUUUUUUUUCUACCUUUCCCAACGAAAACAAAACAGUGUUUUUAUGUGCUGUGCAAAUGGUUCCGUCAUGUAGUCUGACAGUUUUAUUUUUGCUAUAAUUUUUUUUUAACUAAAGAAAAAACCCAGAGGAAAAAUGCUGGGUUGACAUUUCAUCUGGACGAACAUUUGAAUUCAGAAUUUACCUGGAGUUGUAGCUAGAUUUUUUUUUUUAACAGAAAAACUGAUGAUGUCAAGAGGGAGCAAGUUGAGAUGAAAACCAAUUGUCUUCCUCAAAAAUUAAGCUACUCUUUUUCUCUCAUUUUAUUUUUCUUCUUGUUUUAAAUCUAGAGUGGGAUUUUUUUGUUCUUUUUGGUUUUUGUUCUUUUUUUUUUUUUUUAAGAAACGUUUAGGUAAGGUUUAUCUUGAAUCUUAAUUGCCUUAAUUUUAAGGACGUCAAAAGCUCUCAAGGCAAGCUGUCAACGUCUUGUUAGAAAACCCGAGAAUGAAUCGAAACUGCUCACACCGGUGCUGGUGCAGAAGUUUAAUAGACUGAGUUUUUGGGGUGAACAAAAAUAAACUGUACAGUUUAAAAGAAAAUGAUUUUCUUCUUUUGAAGAAAAGUUGAUGAUAAAGAACUGUGGCAACUGAAAGAAUUGGAAAAAUGCUGGGACUUUUAUGAACUUUGUCUUAAGUGUUGACAGAAAAAAUUCUAGAAGGCUAAAGCAUUUUACAGUAAAGUUAUUGAAUUGAGAAAAAAACUUGCUGCAUUAUAGAGAAUGCAGGGUUUUUUUUCUUGCAGAAUGCAGAUUUUUUUAUUUACAAAGCGUGAUCGCUAGCAAAAGCAUUAGUGCUUUUUAUCUGCAGUCUUUUUUAUGAGCUUUAAGAAGUUUUUAGUCUGCUUUGCUUGUCACAUUGCAAAAACCUAGCUUAAGAGCAUUAAAAAAAAA